AAACAGAAAGUCAAUUAAAUUGCCUUGAUUUGUUUUUUUUCACAACCAGGUAUCAAAUUCAACUUUCAAAAAUGUUUCAAGAACCUGACUACAUAGAAAACCUGUCAUUGAUGUUAUCAGAGGUUUUACAUGACAUUGGUAUCAAUGAAAGACUGAUGAUGAGAAGAAGAAGAGGAAUGAUGCUGUAUGAGGCCAUUAAUAAUAUCACGUACAGGUUAAUUGAUAUAGAUUUUACUAUAUAUUUUCUAGGGAGUAAGAGUGAAAGUACAACUAUUUCAGGACUUCAUUCAGACAAUGAUGCACUAAUCUGUCUUAAUGAUACCAAUGUAAUACAAGAGUGGUCAGAGUGGGAACAUAACAAAGAAAACUACCUCAUGAUACAGGAUGAGAACACUACCCCUGGUUAUUGUUACUUACAACUGCUCCGAGACGAUGAACCACUUCCUGUCACUGAUAUGCCUAAUGAAUAUCAUAUAACUGAUAGCAGUGAAAGAGUAUUGUUAAAAAACACAUUAAAAAAUGGUGCGAUUCCGGGUGCUGUAUGUAAUGGACCAUCAAAUACUAUACCAGGACCGCCGGGAUUUUGUGAUUCAGACACAGUUAUAGCUUUUCAUUGUAAAUCAUGGCACCAGUCAGCAUCAGGUUGGUUAGAGAGACAAGGUAUUGGCAGAUGGCCAACACAAGAAAUGAGAAGAUAUGCUUCCAGUACUGGGUGUUUUGUUGUUCCAACUGGAAGUAAGGUCAGUGAAUAUCCUGAAUUGGAAUGGAGAAUAUCUACAACAUUAGCAGAAAGAUGUCUAAUUUUUAAUUUAAAUAUAACGCAAAUAAGGUGCUUUGUAUUAUUAAAAAUGAUUCUUAAAACCUUUCUUAAUCCUGAAGGGGAAAUCAAUGUAUCAAGUUUCAUGUGUAAAACAGUUCUUUUACAUUGUAUAGAAAACACAGAGCCAAGUAUAUGGAGAGAAAACAAUUUAUUCUCAUGUUUAACAUAUUGCUUAUUGGAAUUACACAGCUGUGUAGAGAAUAACCGUUGUUCGCAUUUCAUUAUUAAACACAACAAUUUGAUGGCAGGGCAAUUUACAGCUGAAACAAAACACGAACUUCUAAAAAAUAUAAGUGAUGUUUUACAAAAUGACAGUCAAUUGUUACUUAGAAUUGAUAUUGCUAAUCUUGGACAAAGACUGCAAGUUAAACUGAACAUUGUACCAGACGGAGCAUAUUAUUAUCUAUCUUCUAUUGACAUAUAUGAAUUUUAUUUGACCACAGAAUAUUUGAACUCAGGCUAUCUUAUAAGCAGUUCUUAUACGUUAAUUUUAAUAUAUUUACACAGUACAAGCAUUCGAACAAUGAAACAGUUUGUUGGAAAAUUAAUUAAUUUCAGUGUUAAUAGUAACAGAUUAGAACAGACUGCAUACAAGUUUCUAGCGCCUUUUGUUUUUACAACAUAUGGGUCUGCCCUGGCAUCAUCUAGUAUUGGCGAAAAUAAUCAAGUUUUACCUGAAUCACUGGUUUGGUUAUCAGCUGGUUUAAACUUGGACAUCUCAUCUAGCACAUUUAAAUUAGCUUCUAUUUUCUACUGUACAGGAGAUUUGGAGAAAGCUGAACUUAUUCUAAGACACACUGAACAACAAUAUGACUCUUAUCCAGUCGUAAUUAUCUGUUCAUGCUGGGAUAUGCCUCCACCGACAGUAUAUGCAGAAUGCAUGAGGGUAUUUACCGAGGAAAGGGAGGAUAAUAUCACACAUAUUACAGCAUUUUGUGUCAGAUUCAUGCAGAAAGAGAUCAACUGUGUCCCUCGUGAAUUACAAUAUUGUUUAGAUGUACACAAGGUGACAUGAUACACAGAGAUGGACUAGAGGACUGUUGGAUGGACUGGGCUGUAGUAGAUUCUCUACCUUUCAUGUACUUCCUACAAUAUAAGAUCUGUGGUCAUCAACAAAGAUAUCAAGAUCAACAACAAGCACUUAGUAAACUUAUAAGAACAGUAGUAACUGAAAAUAAUCUUGGACACAGAGAAACAGCCCUAAACAUUUUAGGACAAUGUAUGGAACAAGAAAACAGACCUCAACAAGCGUUAAAAUGCUACCUGCUUUCUCUUCAGCAAAGAGCAAGGAACAAUGUAGCAAACUUCCAUAUAUGUAAGCUCAUUUCUGAGGUAUUGGCUGGCCAAUAAAAAAGUGAUCAAAGGUAGACAGUAUUAAGAAUUGAAAUUCUAUUAUAAAUUUUAAGUAGUCCUGCUGAAAGUGUAUUCAAACUGCAAUUUUGUAUUAGUAUUGAUAUAAUUAUUGCUAUUAUUAUUUUAUACCUAUGAAAUAUACAACAGUUA